AUGGAGGCCGUACAGGGACCGUACCCCGCCCAUAAAAGAGCGCACUCGCUGGGUGCAGACCAGUUCCAAAGAAAUGCAAAAUUCUCUAUUCCAAGGUCUGACUCAACGUCGGAUCUCUUCGAUAUACAGCACAGUUUUGUAAGACUGCCCACUCACAGUAAUGGUAGACACACGGUGCAGAAUAGGAAUACGCUAUAUAGAUCGAACACCGUAGGCGGUGGUGGGCCGUACCCUGCCUUCAACACGCCAAGGAACCCGUAUGUACAUCCACAGAGACAACAACAACAACAACAGCAGGUGGUGCGUUCCGGUAGCAGAGUGAAGAGAAGGUCGAUGCUCAAUACGAUACCGGAACAGAGGAAGAGGCCCACAGUGGGGACAAUCUCGCAUUUUGAGGCGUGUUCGAAAGGCGGGAGGGUCCAUGCGAGGAGCCCGUCGCAUGGUGUGGCAGUCAGACAGGCAAGUCAGCCGUUGAGUCCAUUGCAAAGACAGAAAUUACAGAUGCAACAGCAGUUUAACUUCCCAAACGGGGAAAAGUUCACACCGAGGGCUCUACUCAGAAGGCAACAGGAACCGGCGACAGUGCAACCCGUGCAGCCCCCGCCACAGGUGGAGUCGCCGCGCGUGAUCAAGAGAUCCAACUCAACCAAGAAACUUGGGUCGUUCCUCAAAUUGUUCUCCCUCUCAAAGAAAUCUACUGCAAAGAAACAGAAACCAACAGUGGUGCCACCCGUAACACAACCGGAUGAACCCCUGACGUCUCAGUUCGCGGCGUUGUCGACGGACCCACAGGCGCGGGGCGAUGACGCCGUAGAGUUCAACUCCGCAGAGCUGCUGGAUCGGCUCCAUAGGCAGUGGGACGUCGUCCACGAGGGUGGCACCUCGGUACCGUCCACCGCAUCCUCACAGAAUUCCAUCAUGUCGUCUCGUCCACAGACGGAGUCUACGGGGGGGAGCUCCCAGGGCGGGAAACGAUCGGUCAUGUUCGCUAGUGAUAUAUACGUGAGGGACACUUUCUCCCCAGAGGAGUAUAACAGGAUGGAUGAGGAGGCAAACGAGGCAGAGAGACAGAAUAGUAGUUUGUACGGGGACAAAGUCGUCUACGAUGAGAAGUACGGGUUCGUCAACGAGGUUAAAUUCGAACUCAACCAGUUUAAAAAAAACGAAAUGCUUGUACACUACGACAGUAUACAGUUCACACAGUUCUUCAACCACUAA